AUCAUCGUUCCGCUCUCCUUCCUUCCUUUACUAUCCCUUUUAUUUGCAGUUCUUUACGAGGAUCACUGCGCAUUCACAUUUCAAAUGGCAGCCGCAGCCUCGACGUUCAACCCUGGGUCAAGCAUAGCGCCUCUGCCGACGCCAUUCUGGUUCUCGAGUGGCACGGGCGGAUCAGCCCCAGCAUCAUGUCAAGCAACGAUCAUCGACCCUGCCGAAAGCAGUGAUACAUAUUGCUGCAAUGGCCUGCUCAUCGAUAUAACGCAACCUAUCCUAGGAUCCCUGUCUGCUCAACAACAUCCAUUUUACUUCGACAAUCUCCGAUGCUGUUCUGCAGAUCCAGAUGUUGCGUUGGGAAGUGUAACGAGCUGUAGCACAGGGAGUGCAGCCAUGCUUGCAACGAGUGUUGCGGUCGUGACAAGCAGCAACUCAAGUGGGGUACAAAUUGGUAUGGCCAGUACAAGCACAAGCACAAGCACAAUACUAUCUACCAGCGAUGUUACGACCACGGCCACAGCUGCCAGCUCCUCGACAAGUGGAAGUGGGGGCCGAAAAUUGAGAGCUGGAAAAACGAUAUACUUGUUCACGAUCCUUUCUUUGGUACUGGCCCUGGUUCCUUAACGUUGGCAUACCCGAGUAUUAUUCAAAGAGACUCUGCUACGCAAUCUGCAAGUGUAUGCUACUUGCGUGGACAACCGAAUGAGAUCUGAGAUUAUCGCUACCCAGGACGAUCUGAAGGUGCGAGGAAGGAUCAUAUUGCGUUAUGGGACUCUCGAACGAGCAAGAGCCAAGGAGUGUCUGCAAAGA